GCCUCUCUGGAGGAGAUUUGCCAUUAUAUAAGGACCCAGUGUGACGCUCAUACUUAUAACUAUGCCAUAUCUUAUUACUGCAGCAACCCCUCCUUGAACGGAAACCACUUCAUGCGUUUACUCAGGCUGAAGUUCACAUCAGUCUCGUUCGUCUUUGCAUACUUGGUUGUCCUAUUCAUUUCGCUCGGUAUAACAGCCUCCGACUACCUUUGUCCCAACUUGAACUACGCCACAGUAUACCUCAACCUCUCGCAGCGGGUGGCAGGGAUGACACUCAUGGCCUACGGCAACGGGGCGCCGGACCUUUUCAGCUCCUAUUCACUGAUCAAGUCCGGCUCCCCUGAAUUGGCGUUUGGCGAGUUGAUCGGGGCUGCUAACUUUUGCGUGUGCUUUGUCAUUGGGGCUAUGGGGAUAUGUAAUUCCUUCGAAGUCGACCCACCCCAGUUUUUGUGUGAUGUGGGCUUCUUCAUUGCGCUCCUAAUUAUCAGCUUGGUUUUUAUCUGCGAUGGAAAGUUAACCUUGUUGGAAAGCGGUAUCAUGAUCAUUUUGUAUGCGAGUUACAUCUUGUUUCUCGUGAAGUACAAUUUCAGCAAUGAACCACUGGAAGAAAUUGACGAAAACUCCACCCUACUAUCCCCGUAUGCGCCCCCGCAUGCUUCGCUUAGACCACUCACUCCUACCUCGAGCGUCCUUUCGCCGAUGGCCAGUCCUAACCAAGCGAGCCAGUCCGUAAUGCGGUUCUCUGUCUACGAUGCCGUCAAGCUCUGGUCCCACCUUGGUGACUUGCGAUGUGGUAUGAGCAAGGAGUCACUACUUCAGGAAAACUAUGAUGCCACUGAGGAGCAGGAAGCUGCCGGCGGGGACCAAAUACAGCAAGGUGUCCCGUCUCACGAUAGGCCUUCAACCCAAAUCAGUCCCAGUGACCUUCGAGAAAUUAUCCACCACUCACCAUUUGCUUACAAAGUUUUCUUCCUCCCGAUCUUGGUUGAUUACCACUAUUUCAGUUUAAAGGAUGAAAUAUCUCAAUGGUGGGGCGAAUACCCGGGAAGUAUUAUCCCAAAAUCCAUGCAUUUGAUAAUACUCGCAGCUGUCUCUCUCGCUUUGGUCGUGCUUCAUCACUGGUACUAUAGACAUUGCUCCCAAAGUCAUUCCCAGGAUCACCAAGGGUUACAUCACUACUAUCAUAAUCGCCUCCCACCGAUCAUAGCCUUCCUCGGGUUUUUCCUUUCUAUUGUUUGGAUAAAUAUUAUUUCGGACCAUGUGGUUCUCCUUUUGAAAAACAUUGGGCUAAUGUAUCGCAUUGGGGACUCGUUGUUGGGAUUAACGGUCUUUGCCACAGGGAAUUCGGUGGGCGAUCUCAUUGGUAAUGUUACCCUUGCCCGCUCCCACUUGUCGCUUACAGGCUUGGGAGCCUGUUUCGGAGCUCCCUUAUUGUAUAUAUUGCUUGGGUUGGGUUUGAAUGGGGUAAUUUUGAUCACAACCACACGCCAAGGCCGGCCGAUCGAAUUUAAGUUUGAUAUUAGUUUGAUCGUUGGCAGUGCAGGUGUCUUGGGUAUGUUGGUUGUAUAUCUUGUUGUUGUCCCUAUGAAUGGGUGGGUCAUUGGAAGAAAGUUAGGGAUUUUUGCGGUACUCUGGUGGGGUAUCAUCACUGGUAUUAACGUGUAUCUCGAUUAUUGA